GGGGUAAAAUCGUCAAAAGAAAGGACCUCUAUUAUAAAGCAAAGCCUCUGCACUCGUCUUCUUCACUCCUCCCUUUUGAAAAUAUUUUCGUAAAAAAAAAAGAGUUACCUUGGCUUCCUCUGGAUCUGGAAGAUAAGAUCUUUCACUUGCUUCCCAACUAACUCAUCUCUCUCUGGAUUACAACAGCAUGUAUUGGUUCACACGCUCUGUACGCAAAGUUGUCAGUUUGAAUCUAUAUUGCCGUGUUAUUCUGUAAAUCUCAUCUCUCUCUCUCUCUCUUACCUCAAAAAUCUUUCUUCUCAUUCUUCACCACACUUUUCUCUCUUCUGUUUAUUAUAAAUCUCUCUCUCUCUCUCUAAAUCAUGGGAUCCCAACGUUUCUACGUCUUCCAUUGUGAACAAUAUAGGAUCAGCUAAACAGUCUCAACUCUUUUCUUCUUUAGCUCUCCCUUUCUCUCUUCCCUUUUCUCUCAAACCCAACCCAAAGUGUUGUUUUGUAAAAGUUAUGGUAAGCCAAUCAGCUGGUCAGACAAGAUUUCGAACCUUCAAGUACGAGAACAACGGUGACUCUAACAAACCUGCAGUUGUAGUAAGAGCUAUUGUUUGCUUUCAACCCAUGGCUAAUUGUCAGGCUGAAUACUUUAGACAUAUGCUCAAACCAGUGACGUAGUUUGGUUUGUGUGUGUGUUUCUGUUUUAUCUUUCUACCUGGCAUUUUCUCCCCCCUCCCCGUUUUGUUAUAUAUUUUCUCUUACGAUAAGAAGUGUAUUUGCGUUCACCACAUUGGUCUUGUUGCAACAACUAACUUCCACAAUCGUAUUGUAUUGUAUUCCUCUAAAGUUUCCUUGGCCUUAAACUGCAAGAGUAUGCCUCUUGAUAACGGGCAACAGAAAUGGUUGCCACUGGGCUUGAAUACUCCUCAGCCUCAGGACAUACCUACCGGGUCUUCCUGUCCUGUAACACCUUCCCCGGAACUCGGUAAAGUAUAUGCAGCUCAGCAUCAGUUCCGCCGCUAUCUGCAACCACCACCGUUCCAGGCCUUACUGUCCACUUGUGAAAAACAAGCUUCAUGUUUGAACGGGCCUCCGUCUAACUGCGAUGCUGCUCCAGAGAGGGCACUCAAGUCUUGUCAGAAAAGAUUUCUAGUAUUCGAUCAGUCAGGAAACCAGACUCGCUUGUUACAGUGUGGCUUCCCUCCUUCUGUGGCUGCUGCAGAUCCAGGGAAAAUUCUCAGUUUUCUAAACCUAGAGAGAGGGUUAAGCAAAGAUCAUGCCGUUCCAGAAAAGAUAUUGCUCCAUGAAGAUCGUGUUAAUGGAGGAGAAGAGUCGGAGAUGCACGAAGACACUGAGGAAAUCAACGCACUGUUGUAUUCUGAUGAUGAUGAUGAUUGCGAGAGUGAUGAUGAUGAUGAAGUAACGAGCACAGGUCACUCUCCAUUCCCAGUUGAACAACAAGCGUGCAAUAAUAAAACAGAAGAAGAAGACGAAGAAGAACCGGAUGAAACCGAAAGCUAUGAUGAUGAUGAUGAUGGUCCACGUCUUAAAAGGCAGAAAGUACUACUGGACCAUUAUUCACACAGAGACCUCUCACCAUCACCAUCCUUUGUGGGUACCAAGAAGAGUUUAACUAAUCUCAAAGGGUUAUCGGAUGAGAAACUACAAGAGUCCAACAUCUCAAGCAGCAAUCAAGAAAUGGGUUCUGGUCUGAGCGACGAGGAGACGAGAAAAGACAAGUUCCACACCGCUCUGAGAAUCCUUGAGAGCGUUGUUCCGGGCGCAAAAGGAAAAGAAGCUCUGUUACUUCUAGACGAAGCCAUCGAUUACCUCAAGUUGCUGAAGCGAAACUUAACCUCACCCAAAUGUUUAAACAACCACUGGUGAAAAAAACAAGAACCCUUUGUUUGACUCUGUUGUGAUAAGCAUGGCUUGUUGGUUAAAGAGAAGACAAGAGACAAAAGACAAUCAAUGAGGUAAAAAUAAAAAAAAGGACUGAAGAAGAUUCUUUCAGUGUUUUUGCAUUAACGUGCGUUUGAAACAAUUAGGUCACGCCUGGUGGCCUAGUGGGACCGUAUCCACACUGUUCAGCUUAGCUGUGUCAAUAGUGAUCUGCUUUUGGAUUUGGCAUGCUCUCUCUACAAAAAGAGCAAAAUAGACGUUUACUUUCUUCUGUGCUUUGGAGAGUUGGGAGUGGAAUAGAUUUGAAACAAAAGCAAAGUCUUUGGUGGCUAGCUCAUUGGAUCAUUAAUAAUUUUAUCUUACUUUUUUUAUUUCCUCUUGAGUAAUAAUAAUAACCACUGUGAAGGUGGUGGUGGGUGUGGAUGGAGUAAAAAUCAAAAAGACAAACAUUGAAUUUGUUAAUGUAGUUGUUGUGGAAGUGUAAUCUCGCAUGUUCUGUGAAUAUAUCUCCACUUUACAUUA